UACAAAAUGGCAUCCGCUCCUCUCCCCUCGUUCCAUUAUUUCCACACUCCGUCUUCUCUGCGGCGAAGGCCAUUAUCCGACCACCGCAGUGCUCCGAGAUGCCACGGCAGGGCCGGCGAUGAAGAGAACGAGAAGGACAUCGUGGAAGCGAAUUUGACGGUGUUGAGAACGAGAAUGGAGGAUUUGAGGAAGAAAGAGCGAGGGAUUCCGAUUCAGAUACGGCAGCGAGGAAUGGAAGAAUUGGAUGAUGGCGGGAGGUAUUUGUGGAAGUUGGAUGGCGGUUGUUUUGAUGGUAAGAAGAUGAAAAAUUGUGGGCUGAUUUCAGGGUGCUUGGAGGUGGUGAGUAGGGUUGGCGGUGCUGUUGGGCUUGUUUUCGUUGGUGGAUCUUUAGGCAUCUGCUUCGUUUCUUUUAUUGUUCGUCAUUUUUGGUAAUUUUCUAAUGGGUUUAUAUAUAUUUAUAUAUAUA